GCUCGCUGUGAACAACACAUGGCUACGUAGUUGCCAGUGCGUACCACCACCGCUGUCGCAGCGCUGGCGAACCGCGGACGGGAAAAGAGAUAGAUAGCGGUUAUUAAAAAUCGGAGCCGCUGUCACAGUCUUUUAACACAGGCGGGGAACGCACAGCUGGUCGCGUGGUAGCCAAUCGAUUCACUGCUUUUUCACAAAAGCGAAAUCCUGAUUGGCUCCUCUCUACUCAGUCAUCGGUUUUUUUUUUGAAAACGCGUUUUUCUGCCCGCGUAACGGAAACGCGUACGUUUGAGUUCACGGUCACGACGAGCUGUGACAACCAGCAGCAGCAGCGCUGUCACAUCACGUCACACGUAAACACUACCGUUGCUCGCUCGCAGUUGACGCAGUUCGCCCGUGCUGUUACGUUCGAGAAAAAACGUGAGAGAGAAGCAGAAUUCCGCCGCGGAAUUUUGUGUGGGAUUUCGCGACGUGAAAUUUUUAUGCGCGUGCUCCGAUGUUGCGGGAUCACGCGAGAGAUUAAUAAUGUCGCCACCGCUGGCCGAUCGAGUCCAUCCGCUGGCAAACAGGUGAGAAGAUGGAAGAUGACGCUGACCUCAGGGAACAGUUGUUUCACAAUACCGUGCGUGAGAACAUAAUAUUUCUGCUACUCUUCUUGCUACUUUACAUCACGAGCUAUGCGCUGAUCGCGCGCUUCAGACGACGGGAUCGCGAUGAUUAUCUGUCGGUGGACGAAGAUGAGGCGACCGUUUACAGGAUCAGCUUGUGGCUGUGCACCGUCGCCUUGGCCGUUUCCGUCGGCGCGACGCUCCUACUUCCGGUGUCGAUUGCCAGCAACGAAGUUCUCAUCCUUUAUCCGAACAGCUACUACGUCAAGUGGCUCAACAGCUCUCUCAUCCAAGGUUUGUGGAACCAUGUGUUCCUGUUCUCGAAUCUGUCGCUCUUUGUGUUUCUGCCCUUCGCUUAUCUCUUUACGGAGUCGGAGGGUUUUGAAGGACAUAGGAAGGGCGUGAUGGCUAGGGUAUACGAGACGGUGACGAUUCUUUGUCUCUUGGGUACUCUCAUCCUGGGCAUGACCUACGUUCUGUCCACCGUCUUGGAUUAUCAGAACACGAGUGUUCACACAUUGCUCAAUGUAUGGAGUUAUUACUUGCCUUUUCUAUAUUCCUGCGUCUCAUUUGUCGGCGUGGUAAUGUUGUUAGUAUGCACUCCGGUGGGAUUCGUACGACUGUUUGGUGUGGUGGGAUCGUUUCUUGUCAAACCCCAAUUUCUAAAAAAUUUGGACGAAGAGUUUUUUGCGUAUCAAUUGGAGGAAGACUGCAUUCGUAGAAGAUUGCAGCAUGUAAAGGCAACGGGCAAGUCGUACGUGUCUCCGGUCCCUAUGUCGCCGACGGCGAGCUGCAGCUCGCAGGAGGAGGACGAGCCGUUAUUGAGCGUAAGCCCGAAUCUUCUAUGCUUACAAAACGGUGCUUUGCAAAAAGGCCUUUCGCAGCGACUGAUCGAGGUCCAGACGCGACGUCAGCUGCUGAAUCAGCAGCGAAGAACCUGGUGGGUUCGGCGUACGCUAUUUUACCCGGUGGCGAUGCUUGCACUGCUUGCGCUGUCUACCGCUACGGCCUUGUUAGCUGUACAGAACACUGUGGAGCUGUUAAUAGGCAUCAAAGCACUUCCGUUGAGCACAAGGCAAUUCACGCUCGGCAUUAGCUCCCUGUCUAAACUCGGCCCCGUUGGAGCAGCUAUCGAAGUAGCGGUGAUCCUCUACUUGGCUGUAACCAGCGCGAUCGGUCUCUAUUCGCUUCCGGGUGUGAGGAAAGUGCAACCGAAACGGCAUUCCACGCCGCUCACGCAUCUCAUUGCGAAUUGCGCCCUCCUGCUCGUGCUCAGUUCGGCGUUACCGCUCUUAUCGCGAAUAUUAGGAAUGACGAACUUCGAUCUGUUGGGUGAUUUCGGACGCAUUGAGUGGCUCGGUAACUUUAAGCUAGUGCUGCUUUAUAACUUGAUCUUUGCCACGGCGGCGAUUAGUUGUCUCGUAACUAAGUUCACCGCGACCGUGCGCAAAGAGAUCUAUGCCCGUUUGAAGAACAGUGUACUGGGCGUCUUCAGAGCCUUAAGUUCCACCGCUAAUGUGAAGAAAAACUCACUUUCGUCAGGAAUGUUUUCUACAAAGGAAGAUUAGACUGAUUUAUUAUAUUAUAAUUAUAUUAAGCAGAAAGAGAGAGAGAGAGAGAGAGAAAGAGAGAGAUAGAGAGAGAGAGAGAGAGAGAGAGAGAGAAAAAUAUACCGGAACCUUGCGAAAGUUUGCCUGGUUUUUGAGUUCUUGCAUGUCAAGAAAACAUGAAAACAAAACGUGUCCAUUAGAGGGAACAUUCCAGUUCGUUAGAAAAUCCACUGGUCUUAAAAUCCCUCAGUCACUCGAGUACUGAUCGAUACUUGCGACGUUAUUCAAGUUUAAAAUGCGCGCGUAUUGGAAUACUCAUAAAAAUUUAAAUCUGAAGGUGAAGCUUUUUGAAGUCGAUAGUUUGUUUAGAACGUUAGUUAGUGAAAAAAGAAAACUUCAGAUAUCAAAGUGAAAAUAAAAGAAUUAAUGGUGGUGUGGUUACUGGAUGAUGUUUUUAUUUUGCGAACUCCAUUUUGGGCUCUGUAACAGCAAAAGUGCCGACAGGAAGAAACGCCACUGUAUAUUACGCGUCGUGAAAAACCUUAAAGCUCGGAUAGGAAUUAAAAUAUAGUCGGUUAUCACGAGCAGUUGUUUCAUCAAAGCUUCAAGAUGCAACUAUUAACGAAACUGUUUUCGAUGAUCUCAAUGCAUUCUACAAAAAAAAAAAAAAA